AUGACCACCCAAGCACCGGCAGUUCACCGCUGCGUACACUGCUCUCGCGAGUUCAACCGCUCGGAGCAUCUAACACAAAGGAGAAGCCAUAUAAAUGCACUCUUUGCCCGCAUGCCUUUGCCAGACGAGACCUGCUCCGUAGGCAUGAGCUUAAGGCCCAUCGCCGCGGACAGCCUCCACGAAAAGUUACCAAAACAAAUCAAAAUCUCGCGCCAAAAAGACCAACACAGAACGUGGAGCUUAUGA